CCCUGCCCUGGAGGCAUCAUGGAGCUUCGGACGGAGCUCUUAAAAUCGAUCUGGUACGCCUUCACGGCUUUGGACGCCGAGAAAAGCGGCAAAGUCUCCAAAUCUCAGCUGAAAGUGCUUUCUCACAACCUCUACACUGUGCUUUGUAUUCCUCAUGAUCCUGUAGCUUUGGAGGAACAUUUCAAAGAUGAUGAUGAUGGCCCAGUAUCAAGUCAGGGAUAUAUGCCAUAUCUCAACAAGUAUAUAUUGGACAAGGUAGCAGAAGGAGCUUUUGUCAAGGAGAGUUUUGAUGAACUUUGUUGGACAUUGACAGCAAAGAAGAAUUAUAAUCCAGAUAGGAAUGGAAACAGUGUUGUAUCCCAUGGAGAUGCUUUCAAAUUAUGGUGCCUCUUUAACUUUCUCUCUGAAGACAAAUACCCUCUUGUUAUGGUCCCAGAUGAGGUGGAAUACCUCUUGAAGAAGAUAUGUACAGCUAUGAGCAUUGAGCUUAAUAGUGGGGAAUUAGAUGACUAUUUUUCCCAAGAGACCCAGCAACAGAAUGGUUUGAUAGUUUGGCAAUUUCUUGAUUUGGUAAACUCUGGCAGAUUACUGCGUGGAAUUGAGCGCGAGCCCAUUAGCAUGGCCAUUGAAGAGGUUUACCAAGAGAUCAUUGGGGAUGUGCUUAAACAGGGCUAUCUGUGGAAGAAAGGCCACCUAAGAAGAAACUGGUGUGAGCGAUGGUUUACCCUGAAGCCCAGUGAUCUCGCAUACUAUGUGAGUGAAGAACGUAAAGAAAAGAAAGGGAGCAUUUGUUUGGACAGAAAUUCAUGUGUGGAGAUUUUGCCUGAUAAAGAUGGGAAACGUUGCAUGUUCUGUGUGAAAACGUCUUCACGGACCUAUGAAAUGAGUGCCUCAGAUACCAAGCAAAGACAGGAGUGGACAUUGGCCAUCCAGAUGGCAAUCCGUCUCCAAGCAGAAGGUAAGAAGUCUCUGCACAAGGACUUAAAGCAAAAGAGGAGGGAGCAGCGGGAGCAGCGGGAACGAAAGAAGGCUGCCAAGGAAGAGGAAAUGCAACGCUUGAAGCAGCUUCAGGAAGAAAAGGAGCGCAAGCUGCAGGAACUGGAGCUGCUCAAGGAGGCUCAGAAGCAAGCAGAACUUUUACUCCAGGAAGAAGAGCAACGGCGCCAGCAGCAACAUGAGGAGAUGCAGAAGAUGUUGGAAAUUCAGCUCCAGGAAGCAGAACAGGCUCGGGCUUCCAUGCAAGCAGAGAUGGUUCUGAAGGAGGCAGAGGCAGAACGUCAGCGCAAGCGCAUCGCAGAACUGGAAGACAUGCAGGAACGACUCCAAGAUGCUCUGCAACAGGAGAUUAAAGCUCGUCAAGAUGAAGGGGCUGUGAGAUAUGAACAGGCCAGAUUGCUGGCAGAGGAGGAGGAAAAACUGAAGCAAUUGAUGAAAUUGAAGGAAGAACAGGAAGACUAUAUUAUCAAGGCCCAACAUGAAAAACUGGCUCUCAAGCAAGAGAUGGAAAGCAAGAGCAAGUUUCUGGAAGAAACUAAACUGCAGUUGGAAGAAGUCAGAUUUAAUAGGGAGAGGAUGGACCAGGAUGUCAUGAUAGCCCAGCAGAAACUCCAGCAAGCCAGCACCAAUGUAAAGCACUGGAAUAUUCAGAUGAACCGACUGAUGCACCCCAUUGCUCCAGGAGAAAAACGUACCAUGACAAGUGGAGGAUUCCCUGGCUUUAAUCCUGCAAUCCUGUCCAAAAGAGAGUCAUCUGUCAAAUUAAAACAAAAUAUGGAAAAAAAGAAAUCUGAUCCUGAGAAGAAUGAAAGCAAAGAAAACAUAAAUGGAGAGACAGAGCAGCAGAUGCUGAUGCCAGAAAAAGAUGAUUCUGGCUCAGAAACCCCUUGUUUAGCUUCAGAAGAAAAGUAAACCCACUUAAUUGAAAUCUAGGGACCAGAAUAUAAGUGUCAUGGCAGCUUAAUGAUUAUCAUAGUUUAUAAAUAGUGAACAUAUGUAAAGAUUGUUUCCCCUUCCUAUAUAAGUUGUAAGCUGCCCUGAGUCCCCUCAGGUAAAAGGGCGGCCUAUAAAUAAACUUAAAAUGAAAUGAAAAGAUUGUACAGGGAAGAAUUGCGAUGAUCUCUGCAGUUAAGCCACCCAGUAUCCUAGCAGUUCGAUUUGUGUGCUAGAGUUAAACCUGAAGGUCUACACAUACACAUAUAAAUAUUGCUUCCUGACUGAAACUUCAGAAGUAUGAUUUAAAUAUGGGAUUAUGGUUCCCCCAAAGCAUGCUUUAUUUGGUUUCAGCAGAUAAAGAAGAGUUCUGGUAAUGCUGUAUCCUACUAUGGUAUUAAAAGUUCUAACAGUUGGUGGUCACAAUAGCCACUGCUGUAAUAUGCCAAGAAUUUUGUCAUUCUCUCUAAAAAAAAUAAUAUUUGUAAAAUAUAUUGUCUGAACAAUUGAAAUGUGUUAUAAAAAUUGAAUCCUU